AUCGGCUGCUCUAACCUUUGUCAACACAACACAGCUUCAGCGGAACAGUCCCAACACAAAUUCUACUUAUUGUAAUUGUGUGUUGCUAUUUCAAAGACAUGGUUAUUUUUUAAUCGAUUUAAUGACAUCAAAAUCCAUCAUUCAAAAUGGUCCUCCAAAAUAGUGGACGCUACAAAGCUGACAAAAAUGAGAAGUUUGAGAAGAACUCCGGCGGUGGCCCAAAAGAAGACAAUUCCGAGAGUAGACUUCGUCAAUCCUUAGAAAAUGAUGCCAUUGACACCAAAUAUGGAUUUAAGAGAGUGUCGGAUCAUCAAGAGAGGGCCGGUUUUCUUAUCAACAUGCAUACAACUGAAAUAUUGGAUGAAGAUAAGAAACUAAUUAGUGCAGUCGAUUACUACUUUAUCCAGGAAGAUGGAACUCGUUUCAAAGCAUCUUUGCCUUUCAAGCCCUACUUCUACAUUCUUGCUAGGAAGGAAAACAUCCAAGAAGUGUCAGCAUACAUAUCUAAAAAGUUUUCUGGAAAACUUGCCUCAUUGGAGAUAAUAUCAAAAGAAGAUCUAGACCUGCCAAACCAUCUGAUUGGCCUGAAGCAACGCUACAUCAAGCUAUCAUUUUUAACUGUUAAAGAUUUGAUGGAUGUUCGUAGCCCAAUAAUGUCUGCUGUCAAAAAGAAUAGGGAACGUGAAAAAAAUAACACUUACUAUUCUGAACUCCUCAGCAAAGCUCUAGCAAGUACAAGUGCUGGUGUCACCCAUAAACAGAAUGAUCACAUGGAAAACAUAUUAGAUAUCAGGGAGUAUGAUGUGCCAUACCACAUACGUGUCUCCAUUGACAACAAAAUAUUUUGUGGGUCUUGGUACUCUGUCUGUUCAAGAGGAACAGAAGCUCCUUUCAUCACUAAGAGAGAUGAUAUUAUUGAACGACCUGAUAUGAUUGUUUUAGCAUAUGAUAUAGAAACAACCAAACUACCUCUGAAGUUUCCAGAUGCUCAGUCAGAUCAAAUCAUGAUGAUCUCAUACAUGAUUGAUGGACAGGGUUACCUAAUUACAAAUAGAGAAAUUAUAUCUGCUGAUGUUGAAGAUUUUGAGUACACACCAAAGCCAGAGUUUGAGGGUUUUUUCACUAUUUUCAAUGAACCUGAUGAAAGAGCUCUCAUCCUUCGCUUCUUUGAGCAUAUAAUGGAUGUGAAGCCUCAUAUUUUUGUUAGCUACAACGGUGAUUUCUUUGAUUGGCCUUUUGUUGAAGCAAGAGCAGCUAUCCAUCAAUUAGAUAUGAAACAAGAAAUUGGCUUUUCUAAGAAUAAGGAAGGCACCUACUGUUGUAGAGCUGCAAUGCAUAUGGAUUGUCUUUGUUGGGUAAAACGAGAUUCCUAUCUCCCUGUUGGUUCUCAAAAUCUAAAGGCAGUAGCCAAGGCAAAACUUCGGUAUGAUCCGGUUGAACUUGAUCCGGAAGACAUGUGUGCACUGGCUGCUGAGCAACCACAGGUUAUGUCGAACUACUCAGUGUCUGAUGCUGUUGCGACUUAUUAUCUGUACAUGAAGUAUGUCCACCCUUUCAUUUUUGCCCUUUGCACCAUCAUUCCCUUAGAACCUGAUGAGGUCUUGAGGAAAGGAUCUGGAACUCUUUGUGAAGCCUUAUUGAUGGUGGAGGCAUUUCAUGCCAAUAUUAUUUUUCCUAAUAAACAAGAGUCUGAACUGAACAAACUGAGUGAAGAUGGGCAUGUCCUAGACCAAGAAACUUAUGUUGGUGGUCAUGUGGAAGCUUUAGAAUCAGGUGUUUUUCGAGCCGAUAUCCCUUGUCAAUUCCGUGUUGUUCCAAGUGCUUGUGAGAAACUCUUAGGUAAUGUAGAAGAUGCUCUGAGACAUGCUAUAGUGGAAGAAGAACAAAUCCCUAUAGAAAUGGUUACAAACUUUGAUGAAAUUGUUGAGGAUAUUAAAGCCAAGCUAAGAGACCUCAGGGAUACUCCAAUGCGCUUAGAAAACCCCAUUAUCUAUCAUUUGGAUGUUGGUGCAAUGUAUCCCAACAUUAUUCUAACAAACCGUCUCCAACCAUCAGCCAUGGUGGAUGAAGAAACCUGUGCUGCUUGUGACUUCAACCGUCCUGGUGCCAGAUGUCAGCGGAAAAUGGCAUGGAUGUGGCGUGGAGAAAUCAUGCCUGCAGGUCGCAAUGAAUUUCAGAGAAUCCAACAACAGCUGGAGACAGAGAAGUUUCCUUCCCAAUUUCCUGGUGGUCCCAACCGUGCAUUUCAUCAAUUGAACAAGGAAGAGCAAGCCACCUAUGAAAAGAAACGACUAUCUGAGUACUGCAGAAAAGCUUAUAAGAAAACCCACAUUACUCGUAUUGAAGAGAGAUAUACUACCAUCUGCCAGAAAGAAAACUCAUUCUACGUUGAUACAGUGCGGGCUUUUCGAGAUCGUAGAUAUGAAUACAAGGGACUAAAUAAAGUUGCAAAGAAGCAAGUAGCUGAUGCCAUUGCAAGUGGAGAUGCUGGUGAAAUUAAAUCUGCCAAAAAUAGGGAGGUUCUGUAUGACUCUUUGCAGCUUGCACACAAGUGUAUUCUCAAUUCCUUUUAUGGAUAUGUCAUGAGAAGAGGAGCCAGAUGGCAUAGUAUGGAAAUGGCAGGCAUUGUAUGUUUUACUGGAGCCAACAUUAUUACCAAGGCCAGAGAAAUCAUUGAACAGGUGGGUCGCCCUUUGGAACUUGACACUGAUGGUAUCUGGUGUAUUUUGCCGGCAUCAUUUCCUGAGAACUAUGUGGUGAAGAGCACCCACCCUAAGAAAUCAAAAGUUACAAUUUCCUACCCAAAUGCUAUUCUCAAUUAUAUGGUCAAAGAUCAUUUUACUAACGACCAAUACCAUGAACUAGUUGACCCUGAGAAAUUAGAAUACAAAGUGAGGAAUGAAAACUCUGUGUUCUUUGAAGUUGAUGGACCGUAUCAGGCUAUGGUGUUACCAGCAUCAAAAGAAGAAGGCAAAAAGCUGAAGAAAAGGUAUGCUGUAUUCAAUCUUGACGGCUCUUUGGCUGAACUUAAAGGAUUUGAAGUUAAAAGAAGAGGAGAGCUUCAACUUGUAAAAAUAUUUCAGUCAUCAGUUUUUGAUGCAUUUUUAAAAGGAGAAACAUUAGAGGAAUGUUAUGAUUCUGUUGCAAAAGUUGCUGAUUAUUGGCUGGAUGUUCUCUACAGCAAAGGUGUUAAUUUGCCGGACUCAGAACUUUUUGAUCUUAUAUCUGAAAACCGAUCAAUGUCAAAAAAACUGUCUGAAUAUGGUGGCCAAAAGUCAACUUCUAUAAGCACAGCCAAACGUCUAGCAGAGUUCCUUGGUGAUCAAAUGGUAAAAGAUGCAGGCUUAGCCUGCAAGUUCAUCAUAAGUAGAAAGCCAGAAGGUUCACCUGUUACAGAAAGAGCUAUACCUCUGGCAAUUUUUCAGUCUGAGCCAAGUGUCAAGCGGCACUUUUUAAGAAAGUGGCUCAAGGACACUUCCAUCACAGAUAUUGACAUUCGUCAAGUUUUGGACUGGAACUAUUAUAUUGAAAGACUGGGUGGUACCAUUCAAAAAAUUAUCACAAUACCAGCUGCUAUGCAAGGUGUGGCCAAUCCUGUGCCGCGUGUUAGACAUCCAGAUUGGUUACACAAAAAGAUGAUGGAGAAAAACGACACUCUGAAGCAGCGCAGAAUUACUGAACUCUUUUCAGUUAAACCAAAGGAAAAGUCACAAGAAGAACCUGAAGCUACAGGUGAUGAAGAAGAUGGUAUUGCCAGAUCAGAAGACUUGUUUGGUUCUGAAGUAAUUGACAUGGAAGACAUUGGGAAUGAUGGAACUAGCCCAGUUGGAGGCAGACCUAUUUGCAAUAAGAGGAAGAGACUGCAAACUCCACCUAACUCUAAUCAGGAUUCUUCACUAACUUCUCAAGAUUGGAGGGAGGCACUUGGUCCUCCGCCGUCAAUGGGAACCUCAAAAGAAGAAAGAAUGGCAUGGAUUCAGUACCAAAAGAAGAAAUGGGCUUUACAAGCUGAAGCACGAGCAGCCAGACGCAGUGUAGUUGAAAAACGUGCUCGCGUUGAUGAUGGAGAAGGAGUCGCUGUCGCACGCCCAGGUUUUGGACGAGGAUCAUCUACAACUUUAGGUGGGUUCUUACGAAGAACUCAACGCACUCUUCUGGAUACGCCAUGGCAAAUUGUACAGAUUGCUGAGACAAACCAACCAGGAAUCCUAAAACUUUGGGCCUUGGUAGGACAUGACCUUCAUCAAAUCAAGCUUAAGGUUCCUAGAAUUUUUUAUGUGAAUCAACGAUUGGCUAGGCCAGACCCUGAAAGUAAUGUUACCACACUUUGGAAGAAAUGUAACAGGGUUCUCCCCAGGUCAAGGCCAGUAUUUCAUCUAUAUGAAUAUUCUGUGCCAGAAGAAUUAUUUCGAGAGCACAGUCAAGAGUUAAUGGCAGACUUAUCAACUCCAGAUAUUGAGGGAAUUUAUGAGACUCAGAUGACUCUUGAGUUCCGGGCAUUGAUCAAACUUGGCUGUGUGUGUUCAGUUGAUAGAAGAGUUGCAAAAAGUAUGGCUCAUCUUGGUGUUCCGGAUACCUUCCACCUUGAUGAACUUCAAUUCCGGAGCAUAUCUCAGCAAUCAUAUCUUGAUUCAUCAGGAGGGGAAGCGCCCCUCAGACACUUGUACUUGUAUCAUCAUCAAAUUCCAAAUGGAACCAGAGCUAUGUUUGGAUUAUUCCUACCUCCAACCAAGAAAUCUUUGAUUAUUGUUCUUGAUACUGUCCGUACUAAUCAGAUGCCUAAUAUGAGUUCCUUAUAUAACACGGAGCGUAAUGCUAAAAUAGCACGUGGUCAUGAAGAGACCUCUUUACCACAAAAAGAAUUUAAUUUUGAAAUUCGUGUUGAAACUGACAUCAAACAAGUCUUUAGGCUUCUCCAAAAUGCUUUGCAAGCAUAUAGAGAUGAAAAGAAAGGACCAUCUCUUCUUGCUAUCCAAUCUAUCCAUGAUCUUCCCACAUUGAAUUCCUUAAUGCCAGGUCUUGGUGAAUUUCCUCAAAUGGCAAUUCAUGGUUUAGCAGAUGCAGAUAAUCUGUAUUCAACCUUAGAUUGGCAAAGAGUCGGAGCAAAGGCCAUUGUUCGCCACUACCUGAGUUGUGAAAAGGUGCUGACCAUUAGUACUGAACAGUGUAGAUAUUUCCAUGUUCCUCUUGGAAAUUUGCCAGCAGAUGCUACUCUUUUUGGCGCAGACUUAUUCUAUGCCAGGCAUCUCACAAAACAAAACUUUGUUUUGUGGUGCUCCAACUCAGACCGGCCAGAUCUAGGUGGAAGAGAAGCUGAUGAUAACAGGCUUCUCACUGAUUUUGAAGAAAGUUCAAAUGUUAUCUCUAAUGCACCUAAUGCGUAUUCAACAAUAUGUGUAGACCUAGAAAUAGACAGUCUUGCAGUGAAUACACUUCUACAGUCUCACCAUGUACAUGAUAUUGAAGGAACCACAGCUGGUGUUGCAUUUGAUGCAAUGCCACAAGCAUCACUGGAAGACAUGAUUUCUGGACAAACAGCUGUUUUACCCAGUUAUGAUGAAACUGCUUUAUGUAGUGCUGCAUUUAAAGUUUUGAGAUCCAUGGUUAAUGCAUGGCUGCGAGAUGUGACCAUGUACAAAAACGAAUUUGCUGACCUUCAAAUUGUGCAUUUUUAUCGUUGGAUAAGAUCCCCUAAUGCAUUGCUGUAUGAUCCAGCCCUACGACGUACUCUCCACAACCUAAUGAAGAAGCUAUUCAUGCAGCUGGUGGCAGAAUUCAAACGGCUUGGGUCUAUUAUUAUUUAUGCAAACUUUAACAAAGUGAUGUUGUGUACUAAGAAAAAGAAUGUUAAAGAUGCUUUAGGAUAUGUUGAAUACAUUGUGACCAGCAUCCACAACAAAGAACUUUUUCACAGCAUUCAAAUCACAUAUCAGCAGUGUUGGGAAUAUUUGUUGUGGCUUGAUCCUGCAAAUCAUGCUGGGGUGAGGGGUAAAUUACCGACAGAUCUGGAAAAUGGUGCUGAAGACAACAGCUUUGACGAAGAUGAAGAAAAAGACAACACUCCAGAGAUUGUGAUGAACUGGAAUCUAAUGGAGUAUCUUCCAGAAGAUGCUGCUUGUCAGGACAACUUCUCUGCAGUAAUUGCUGGCUACAUUAUGAAAGUAUUCUUGCAUCUGAAAGAAAAUAUUGUGCCAGAUGGGCAAACUCCAGUUCGUAAGAAGAGGGCAGGAUCACAAAGUCAAACUCAAAGCAAACCAUUGGGUUUAGGAGUCCAUGCUUCAACUGCGGAAUAUGCAAAAGACCUCAUCGCAAAUGAAUUAGCUCAAAAGCUGUUUUACAUAACAGAAAAAAUACACAAGAAACUCCCUAGUCAGCCCUAUGAUGAGACUUCCCUUUUCCCUCAAUUACCUGGUGCCCAUCUGAAAUUAAUCAACCCUGCUUUAGAAUUUGUGAAAGCAGUGUGUAAGGUUUUGUCUCUUGACACAUCAGUAUCAGAAGAAGUGGAUAUUCUUAGGAAAAACCUUCUCAGAUUAAUCAAAGUAGGAAAUUUCAGUGAUUUGGCAGAAUGGAAGGAUCCCUGUAUUUCCUUUGUACUACCAGAAGUCAUUUGCAAAGGUUGUAACCAUUGCCGUGAUGUUGAUUUAUGCAAAGAUAAUUACCGGGCUGAAGAAGAGGGAAGGCCUGUUUGGAAGUGUCCUAUGUGCAAUAAUAGCUAUGACAAUACUGAAAUAGAGCAUAUGCUCAUUGAUACUAUAAAUAGGAAAGUAAUGGCUUGCAUAUUGCAGGACUUGCAGUGUAAGAAGUGUCUUCAGAUUAAAAUGGAAAACAUGCCGGAAUACUGUAGCUGUGCUGGUGAAUUCUACACUCUUCUUUCCAAAUCAGACUUGGGUCUCCACCUUUCCACCUUCAGAAGCAUUGCUGAACACUUCAACAUGCCACUUCUUGUUGAAUCUGUUGAUUGGAUGUUGAAAAUGAAUCCUUCUCUGACAAGAAGCGAAUGUCAUUGAUUGACUUAUAUUAAUUUAUUUUAAUUGAGGGUGAACUUUUGUUUUUAUCUACUCAGAUCCAUACUGUGAUUUUGAAGUGCUGUAGUAUUUUUUUAAAUAAAAUAAAUGUCAAAUACUGUAA